ACUAGUCGAGGUGGGGAUAAUAACGUUAUUAUUAUAUCGAGAAGGUCAGAUUCAGCGAGGAUAAAAGAGGGAUGUUAUUAUGUCUUUUGACAGCAAAUAGCAGCGGAAUCCCCAUAUACGCUCCUUUAUAUUAUGGCAUAUAGGAGAUUGGAAAGAGGGAAGAGAGAUAUAUGGAAUCAGAUAGAGGCUACCUAGGUAGGGGAGAGAGAGUCUUUAUAAUAGAGCGAAUUUCCCCUCUUUUUAGCCCCCGAAUACUCCGUAUAUUUCUGUUCCACUCCAACCCCCCGUCAAGUCAUCACAAAAUGCAUGUUCUUAUUGCUGAAGACAAUUCCAUUAAUCAAAAGCUCGCAACAAUCGUCUUGACGCGGCUAGGCUGCACUCUUGCAGUGGUGGACAAUGGCCAACAAGCGCUCGACUACCUCGCAGCCGAUCCAGUAACAUGUCCACGGCCUGAUAUUAUUCUGAUGGAUAUCUCAAUGCCGGUCAUGGACGGCUUCGAGGCUACCCGAAUGAUUCGGACACAGCCGCCAUUUACCACGGACCCUAGAAUAUGCAUGGCUCCCAUUAUCGGGAUGUGCGCUACCAAUUGCAGAGAAGCCCGCGAAAGCUAUCUGGCCCGAGGGAUGGAUGAUAUUUUGCUGAAACCGUUGCGAAGAAAGCACCUUCACCAGUUGUUGAUGUGGUGGUCCCAGCGAAAGGUCUCGCCCAGGGCUGUAGGGCAAACUCUUCCCCAGAUUGUUAUGGCUCCUACUUGGGGAUCUCAUCCGUGGAGUGCCUAUCGCGGGCCACGGUCUCGUAUGUAGUUUACGUUUGUAAUUGUUUUUUUUUUUUUAAUCUGGUGAGCUAUCUUUUUCUAUGUACUAGGUACUGGAAGGGAAAGGACUUGUGAUUGAUGAAUAGGGUCUUCGAAUGGAAAUUUUCAAGGGAGUGAGAGGCUGUGAGCUUACGGUUCAGUAUAGGGUAAGCAGAAGGGAGAUGACUGCGCUUCGUCAUGGGGUAGGACAAUCGCGUCCUACGCUAAUUUGUACCGAUACAGGAACACUGUGUGUGGUAUACCGGCUAC